AUGGGCGGUGCGAAGGACCCCGCGGGCCUCCCCACAGCGGGCGGGGACGCGGAAGACCGGAGGACGCAGUGGACUGCUUUCCCCCCCGCGAGCUCUGGGGGAUGUGUGGGCGCGCAGAGAACGGCCCCCGACUGCGAGAAAGAGACGCGGGAGAUCUUGGAGGCCUACGAGGCUGCGAGACUGAAGAUGCUCGCCAAAAGCGACGAGGAAGCGAUGUACGCCGCAGUCUCCAACUCCGUUCAUGAGGGCCAGAGAGUCAUCGGGAAACUCGACGCCGUCAGCCGCAGGCUCCUCGAGACCGCCUGUCUCUCCUCGAAGGCGAAGGCCGACUCGACCGCCGCACCUUCCGCUUCGAGCGGAGGAGAGGGCAGCGAGGACGCAGGGGCGGCGGAAGGCAUGUCCGAGGCGACGACGGUCGCCCCCGCGGUCUGCCCUGUCUCCGCGACAGCUGGAGGCGAGAGGCAAGGCGAGCCCGCGGGCGCCAGCAAGCUCGACCGAGACGAGAUGCAGGCUAAGCUGUGGGAGAGCGAGCGCGAGAUGAACAUGAAGGACGAGGAGAUCGGGCGCACGCUGCAGGCCGUCGCCGACGCGCAAGCGGAGCUCGCCCGAUGCAGACAGGAGCUCCAGGCGUCUCGCUCGGAGGCCCUGGAGGCCACGAAGAAGGCGACCGUCGCGCAGAGAAUGAUUCGGUUCCUCCAGCAGAAACGGAGAGAAGACCGCGAGAAGUGGCGAGAGCAGACGGAGGAUUUCGAUAGAAGGAAACAGAGCCCCAGCGAAAGCGAAACGGGAGGCGGAGUCGAAGCGACACAGAUCUCCUCGAUGUCGUCUGGCGGACAGGGACAACAAUUGCGACAAAAACGAUCCAACCAGUCCUCGUCCUCCGCUUCCUCUUCGUCUUGCUCUUCCUCCUCUUGUUCUUCAUCCUGUCCCUCCUCUUGCUCCUCGUCCGGUUCUUCAUCCGGCUCUUCUUGCUCUUCAUCUUGUUCUUCUUCUUGCUCGUCUUCGGGUUCCUCUUCUCUCCUGUCGUCGUCUUCGUCUUCGUCUCUGUCUGCCGCGCCGUCUGGGUCGGACUUCCGCGGCUCCGCGGCCUCGUCUUUGCCUCUGCAAGCCCCGUCGGCGGAUGACGACUUUCCCGCGGAGUUGCAGCGGCUCCUCGAGCAGGAGUACGACGAGGAGACACAGAACUACGAGAGGCGCAUCGAGGAGCUUCAGGCGCUGCUGGCAGACCGGAACUCGGAGGUGCAGCACUUGGAGGUCAAGGGGGAGGCGCUGCGCAACGAGAUCGCGUUUCUUCGCUCCCUGACGGAUGAGCUGAAGAAGGCCCGCGGCGUGGAAGAAGAAAAGAUGCUGGCGACGCUCCGCGAGCAGCUGGAGGAGGCUGAACAAACCAGCCUGCGCGUGGGCAAGGAGAAAGAGCAGCUGCGAAGCGAACUCGAUCGCGUGCGCGCCUCGUUCACGAAGCAACUCGCGGCGCUCGAGACGCUCAACUGCCGCCUGCAGAAGGAAAAGGAGCUCCUCGCCGAGCGAGAGGAAAACCAGCGCCGCUUCCAGCGCGAAGACUGGGAGCGAAUGGAACGCGAACUGCACAUCCUCAGGUGCGAGAAAGAGGCCGGCGAAGCCGAGCUCCUCGCGCUCUCCAGCGCCAAAAUCGCGGCGGAAAUGCGAUGCCAGAAACUCGAGCAGCAGCAGGAACACCUCAAACUGCAUCAAGAGAGGCUCUGCGGCAACCUGCUUCAGCUCAAAUGCCAAGCGCAGGGCCUCGCUCUCACGCGAAAGUGCAACGCAACCAGCCGACACAGACACGCACUCGCGAAGGUCGCCUCAGAAGGCGACUGCGAAAGCUACCAAGAAUCGGCGUCUGCCGGCGGUCUAGCGUCGUUGCCUCGGGGCGAGUUUCCUUCUUCAGACCUCUCCUCAUCAGAAUCGAGGCGCACGCCAGGCCUCUUGUCCGCAUCCUCUUCGUCCUCCGUUUCGUCGUCUUCAGUGUCUUCUUCGCUGAGCAGCAGCGCGUCCCCAGACCCGUCGAGUGCCUCCUCUUCGGGUUCCUUGGUGCCUGCCCCGGACUCCCUUCUCUCUCGCUCUUCUUCGUCCCGCACCCCUCUGUCGGGCGGCGAAUCCUCUCAAGCCUCCUCGAGCCACACUGCCUCCUCGAGCGGGUCCUCCGCGCUGCAGAGCUCUUUAUCGCCCUCGCAAUCCUCCUCGUCUGCGCCUGCAUCCUCUUCGUCGGCAUCGUCUGGGAACUGCUUGACAAGCAGCACGAGUCGCGUGGCACGCUCGGGUGUGUUGACCGCUUCCUCGCGGGUCUCGCGGGACUCGCCUCCACGCCGGCCUCUCUCGUCUUCCUUCUCUUCAGUCAGCCAUCCGCUGCUCGCGGAGUCGCAGCAGUCCGCAAGCUUUUUCACGCGCAUCUCCUCGCGUCUGCAGUUGAUGCGCGAGGAGUCUGAGCUGCGCCAGCGCUCCCUGCCUUCGCUGCCGCCGUCGUCGGUCUCUCUCGGCGACGCGGAGACAGGAGGCGGCCCUCCGCGACAUCGCGAGAGCGAGUUUUCUAAGCCGCCAGAGAAGGAUUCGGUUGUAGCCCCGAGAAGCGCCUCGCACGAGAUCUCCUCUUCCUCCGAGGGGACUCUGCUUUCGACGUCAGUUCGCGACCAGAUCGAGAAGAACGCAGGCGGCCUCGCGGCCUCCCUCUCGUCUUUGGCGGGCGCGGGGACGAAGGAGACGACGUUCGCUGCGCGAGCCGAAGCGGGACACCUGCGCGGACUUCCCUCGACAGGCGAGAACGGCAAUUCCAUCGCGUCGUCUUCGUUUUUCAACGACCCGACGAAACGACGCAGCUUGCGGCAGGCGUCGCGGACAGAACAGGCUACGCGCGACUGCCGCGGAGGAGCGCAUCGCCAAGCGAAUUCUCAAGACGAGAGAGAAGACGCAGAAGAGAGGAGCGAGAUGGAGGACGGAGCAGAAGAGGCAGAAGAGCAGGGAAGGGACUCAGGCAGUGACGCUGAGGGAGAAAGCUACUCGGACUCGUCACAGGUGUCCUCUCAGCGGUCGAGAGACGCCGCACAGGAGGAGGACUUGGAAAAAAAGACUUCUCGGGCUUCCGGAACGGACCAAGAGAGCAACAGGUCGGCUUCCUCAGCCAGUCGCUCGCAGGCUUCUUCUCGAGUGUCAAAGAAGAGUGUGCGCAGCGGGCUCAGACGCAAGUCAGCCAAACAAAUAGUGAAACAGGGAUGCGAGUUCUAUAGCUCAGCGUCUUUGGCGGCGCCUCUCUCUUAUUCCUCGCAACAUCCCCCCCAGAAUCCAGAAUUUCGGGUGUCGGUACACCUCAGCGACCCAGAGACCGCACCUCCUCCCGGUGUACAUACACCGCAGCGAUCCGGCUCGCGCACCGACCACUCGCCCCGCAGUCCAAGUGACGCAGAAACGCAGUCCUUUUCAGCUCUGCGCGGCUCUCCGGAGCAUCCAGGGAGCGCAGAUAAGUCGCGCGACCGGAAGAAGCAAGCCCGGGAGAGGAUAGGCGAGGGCGCCAGCAGCCAGGCAGCGUCGCUUCCCAGACGCACGUCUUCUCCAGGGACCGGCCGCUGGACCUCGCCGUCAUCGCCGCGGGGAACCAACUCCGACGCAGAGAGCGGUGCGAGGGAGAAAGGCUCUUACGGAGGGUCUGCUGCCGAGCAAGGGAAUCAGGCUUCGGCUCGGUCGAGUUCCUCUUCGUACUACUCGCCCUACGACGAAGGUCCCUACUCUCGCGAGGGGUCCCAAGGCGGCCCGCCAGACGGCUUCCAGUUCUCGGAUGCGUCUUCUUCCUCCUCUUCGUUACCCUCUUCUUCUGAUUCUGCGUCCAGCGUCCCCCCUCCAUUCAGUUUCCUGCGCUCGUCGAGCUCCUCUUCGCGCCAGACACAGACUGACGAGGGAGACGCGGAGACGGGAGUCGCUCGCAGCGAGCGGCUGCCGCCGUCCUUCGCGUCCCCCCGCCCUCGAGGAGGAGCGGCUGCAGACGAGGCGAAAGAGGAGACGACAGUCAGAGAGAGACACCUCGUGCCAAGCAGCAACGCGCCGCUGCAGAGAGGCGACAGCCGCAGAGAGAUCGGGAGACACGUAGACAGCUCGCGGCUACAUGGCAGGGAGCGCGGGAAGCAGAGAGCGACAGAAGAUACACCAGGAGGAGGAAAGGCUGAACAAGCCGAAAAUCGAAACCCCCGGCAUACACCACUGUCCUCCGCCGCCAGCCACCCGCAAAGUGGUCGCGGGUGCUUGUCUCCGCGCGACCGCUCGCAGGCGUCUGCGGUGCAUGCGAACGCGUCGUCGCCUUCUCGUCCCUCCGCUUUCUCGUCGUCGUCGCUGGCUCCCUCUCGCGGUGAGCCUCGACUGUCUCCCACAAUAGCCGGCGGCUGCCUCGCCGCUGCCGCGCGCGCGCCCGAACUCGCCUCACCGAUUCGCCUUGCUCAUGACCACGCCGCCCGCGGCGAGCCUUGCUGUCACUUAAAGCGGCGCGAGAGGAGGCCCGCGCGGCUGCACUCCGGAGAGGAUUCCGAAGAUGAGACUGACGAGGCGGCGUGCGCGCUGCGCCAUCGCCCAGUGCCAGGGCGGGCGCCGCCCGUGCAUGGCCCUGGCGGCGACCCCGACGCGGGCCUCGAACAGCAUGCAGGCCGGCAGACAGGGAAAUCCGCGCGCAGGAAAAACUCAACAGAGCCCCCUUCGGCAGGACGCUGCGACGGUCCUUCAGCCUCCUCAUCGUGCUCGUCUUCGCACUACUCCGGCGCCGACGAACUCGGCGCGCCCGAGGCGAGGCGGGGCGGCAGGGGCCGACGAAACGGGCCUGGAGGGGCAAGGCCCGCGCUCGAGCCGAGCGAUGGAACGCGCGACCCUUCUGCGUGUCUGUGGGGAGACAUUGUGGAGGAGCGAGCCUCGUCGAGCGACGGUAGACGCUUGAUGGAGAGCCCAGGCAAACGCCCGGUGAGGCGCAGCGGCACAGAGGCUGCAGCAGAGGGAAUCUCGCGCGCCGGCGACCUCCAGCAACUGCGCAACGAGUCGCCGGCGAAGGCGCCCACGGGCCGGGGCUCGGCUGCCGCCCAAGAGGAGGGCUGCGACAGAACGGGAGCACAUGCCCCGCACAGAAGCGCUCCGGGGACCGUGGGGUGCGGCCGAGAGAGCGACAGCGUCCGCCGCGAAGCCCGGGAGCCGCACAGCUCUUCGGCCUGCGAAGCGCCGGCGAUACGCCGUUCAGCGGAGGCGGAGAGAGAGGGCCCGCCGCGCUGCAGCGACGCGCGAGGCAGGACGGAGGGGGCGGAGGACGAAGCGCGGUGCUUCGAGGAACUGCGGCGACACGGAGACCUCACUCAAGUCAUUGCGAAAAUGAAAGACAUGUGCAUCACGAGUCGCACCGCUCGCAAAAUCGACGCCUGCAGACGAAACGCGAACCCAUCGUGCCAGCGGCCGCCGGCGGAGGCGCCUCCUUCCUUAGGCCCCGCCUGCUCGCCGCGGGCCUGCGCCGACCCUCAGCGCGGCUUCCGCCAGCCUCCCUCUGCUUCUCGUUCUUCUGCGAUCGCGCCUCCGUGUUGCUUGGACCCUGAGGAGGAGCGCGGCCGCGGCGAGAGGGAACUCUGUGCACACGCGCGCCUGCAGGCCUUCGGCGCCGAAGAGACCCUUGAGGACGAGGCCCUCGGGCCCGCGGGGUGGGGACCGGGCCCCAGGCCGGGAUCUGCGGCGGAGGACAUGGGGACAGACCCCUUGGAAGAAUUCAGCGAGGAGAAUCUGCAGGUCUCUGGAAUGGGCACCCGGGGCGUCGCCAGCGCCGCUUUUGAAGGCCCUUGCGCGCGCGCGGCUCUACAUGAGGACGAAGAAGGGCGACGAGAAAGAGAGGCGGAGCUCGCAGUCGAAGCAGUGGCCCGAGAGGCGGAUCGCGAGGCCUAUUCCCGCGAACAUCUCGAGAGUCUGAAGGAAAAACUGCGGCGGACCACAGAAACCAACCAGCGACUGCGCAUGCAGGGACAAGCGCUAGCCAUGAACACGCGACAACUGAGAGAGCGCCUCUUCGGCAAUGCAGACGCCAUUCGUUUCCCUCCAUUCCAUGCUUCUUCGGAGCUCCCAUCCGAGAGCGCGAAUUUCGCCUUGGCCCAAGCGGGACGCACCCCCGGCUUCCGCUCGCCCCGCGAAGGCGAGCCGCCCGUUUCUCCUCUGCUUGCGCCGGGCGCAGCGGCUCGCUCAGCGGCGACUUGCCGGCGAGCGGACGACGAGCGAGAAGGAGACAGGUGGACGUCGGGCGCGGAUCCGCCGGCGUUUGGAGCCGCGGCGCUUCCCCAACGGGCCCGUCCCCCGGCGGAGCCUCACGCUGGAGGCGGGAGAGCCUCUUUUCUUUCCGCGCGUGUCGAGGAGAGAGAACGCGGAGACUGCCAGCCGCAGGGCAGCCCGCGUUGGAUGAGAGGCGAGGCAGGGCGACCUGAAGGGACGGGACAGGAAAAAGAACGUAGAGAGUGCGGAGCUCCCUGGAAUGCUCCCUUCUUCCGCAGCUGCUGCGAAGCGACUGGAAUCUCCGAGAGAAGGGGAGACGACGCCGGCGAGCCGCACGCCCUCCACAGCCCCCCGCGGCAGCCUCCGUGUCACCGCUGCUGGGGUCAAGAGGAGGAGAAUCGCGGCUGUCUCCCUUCCUCGCGUCUUGCGUCGCACCGAUGCUCGCUUUCGCCUUCCAAUUGCUUCCAUCCUUCUUCCCUGCCCUUCGCUGAAGAGGCCUACGAACCCAUUCGCGGCGAGCGCGACAGGGAAGAAGCGUGUGUGCCGCAGGUCAGAUCCAUUCCCGAUUCGUUCGCUGCCCGCUCUCGCUGCGGCGACGCCGCUCCCUUCCGCGCGACUUUCCCGCCUCAGGCUUCUUCUUUCUCGUCUUCCUCCUUCUGCGACGAGGGGGUUGGAUCGCCGAGACAGUCAUGCGCAGAUGUCCCCGAGGUGCCUUUGUGGCGGCAAGCUAGCGAUGCGGACGCGCGCUGGGCCUCCGAGUGCGGGGAAGGAGACAGUGGAGAAAAUUGUGGGGCGGGACCCUGGAGACACGCCCCGGGGCAUGCCGUCGCGAUCCAGGCUCCACACUGGCACGCCGAGGCCCGUGGCGAAGCGUGUGCAAGACAGCCCGAUGAAUCAAUCUGGGAGGUCUACGGCGACGCCGGAGAAGACCACGAAGGCGACUUCGUGGCCUCGCGGUCUCCGUCUUUCGAACCCCAUUUCAACGAGACAUCACCAGGUGGAAGGCGCGAAUGCACCCCCCACAGAUGCAGCAGCUUCACCGCGCCUCCUCCUCGUCUUUCGUCGCUACCCAAAGACGUACUGGGUGCUUUACUUGCUUCUCUGGAUCUCAGCCGUUUGAAGCCGCCUCAGAGGCGCGUCAGCGGUUGCUCAGGAGAAGACCAGACAGCAGAGAGAGUUGUGGAGGUUGGGCGCGGCGGCCGCUCAGAUGACAAGAGAAGAUCCCUGAAGAGGGAGACGCCCGCGACUGCCGCGUCCCUGGAGUUGAGAGCCGCGGCUGGGGCUGAAGACGCCGAGGAGGGCGCACUCGAAACAGUCGACGCACAGAAGGCGCUGACCGCCGGCCUGGAUGCAAAUGCCGGUUCCCAUGAAUCGCCAAAUCGAGAAGAUUCGCUGCGGCGCGACUUCUCUUCCUCAGAGGGCUUUCCGCUGCCUCCUCACUGCGCACCCUCCUGCCCGUCUCCUCCGUCGCCCUCCACGGCGCCGUCGUGCGCGUCUCAACCAAUCCCGCCUGCUCCUGAAGCGUCAUCGUUCGAGCUUUCUGCACUGCCGCCUGCGUCGUCUUUUGAUUCGGCGAUUUUCGCCCUCGCGUGCUCCUCCUGUGGAGAUGAUACGAGCGAUAUCGACGCAGAAGGAAGCCGCGCGAGCUCCCCUCAGCCUCCUGUCUCUGCGCGCCGCAGAUCCACGCUGUUUUUCUCUGCAGCCUCGUCUUUCGCGUCCUCCGUGUUCUCCGCAUCCUGCGCUGACCCCCUCUCCCUUCCGCAGCGCGCAGACAGGCAGGCUGAGGCGCGAGGACUGGGCGAGCGAGAGGACGAAGGAGAAGCGGCGCCGGCGGGCGUCCCUUCCAGCGCCGCGUCUCCGCGCCUCGUCUUCGCGCAGGGCCUUUCUUCGCCCGAGCUUCUUCCUCUGAGCAACAGGCCGCGCGCAGAAUCUGAAGCAGGCGCCGCUCAGUCGGCAGAUAUGGAGAGGCUGACUGAGGUCGCCCUGGCUUCGCUGCGGCAGACAAAGGCCUUCCCUGAGCGGGCUCCUCGCUGUGAGUCCUUUGAAACUGCGUGCGAGGCACGAGCAAGCAGUGGAGACGAAGAGGAGGCGGGAGGAGAGGAGACAGAAGAUGACGACGAAGGCGGAGUGGAGGAGAUCGACGUCUUCAGGGCGCCGGCUGGCCUUCUGGGGCCUCGCGGCGAGGAAGCGCAAGAAGCAGACGCGGAAGCGAACGGCGACUCGCAGAGUUGUGUGCUGUGGGGUCUCCUUGUCCCUAGCUCGCAAGAGGUGCCGUUGGGGACUGAGGAGUCUGACCCCCUAACGCAAGCGCGAAUCGCAGAGGACACCUCUUCCGUGAGGCUUGACGAACUAGACGAGGCAGCAAUAGAGGCGAAACCAAAUGUCUCUUGCGCGUCGGAAGCCGCACGACGAGGACUCGAUCUCAGAUGCAUGCCAACUGAGGAGCGCGGACAGGAUGCAGACUGCGGCUGCCGCAAGUCCGCGGAGGUCAGCCAAGACGAGAGAGCGGAGGCGUCCCUCCGCGAAGCGACAGACGCGCAUGGAGGCCUCGAAGAGAAAUCCGAGAACGACAAGAAAGAAGAGACCAACCCGCUGCAGGGAGGUGCUGCGAGCGAGCACACACAGACGAAGGGAUUGAAAGCCGAAGAGGAAGCGGCAUUCGAUUCUGACGCAGGGAGGAAGGCAGAGGAUGACGCACAGGAAUGCGCAGAGAGGAGGAUGGAAAGAGGUGAAACGGCCGAGCGAGACACAGAAGAAGGCGAAGCUGCAGAAGGGUGCGACGAGAGGAAAAACGAGAAAAUUGACGCAAUAGCAGACGGCGCGUCACACACUGCAGCGGAUGAGACCAGCCACCGGACAGAAGAUGAAAAGGAAGCGACACCCUCCGAGUGGAGGGGCGUUGAAACCCACGCGAGAGAAGGCAUACAUGAAGAAGAGGCAGCAGAAGGAUCUCAUUUUGUGAAGUCUCUUGAGGAAGACGAGCCCUGCGGCGCGACAGAGGCUGCCGCCGACGCAGACGAAUGCGCAGGACACAGAGAGGCGAGGCCUGCGAUCCUUCCGGACUGCGCGGCACAUGAGCCGCAACACGCGGCAGCGAAGGAGGAGCUGCUGUCGGAGAGGAUGGUCAACGGGGUCGCGCCUCCGCGUGCAAGCCCUCGCCGCCCAAGCGCCGAGGCGCUUGUGUUUUCGGUGGAGUCACACACCGGCCGCGAAUUGGUUCCUGAAGCCGCACUCGCGACUCCAGAGAAUGAGACCUCUGGCGACGCAUUCGAGGGAGAAGCAGAAGAUUUGGGUGGAGAGCCAGCGGAGGAGGGGGCAGCAAGCGAGGCUGAAGGCGAAGAGACCGACCUGGAGGCAGCGAAGCUCACGGCGGGCAGCGACGAGGAGGAAGCCUCUGCGGACACAGACUACGGGUUCAGCGAGGCAGAGAGACAGCAUGCAGGGGGGUGGCGCGACAGAGAAGACGAAGGAGACGAGAGUCGGCAGACGCAGAGGCGCGCGGAAAGCGUGGAGGGGUAUUCUGGCACUAGCGCAGAUGAGGAUGGAAGAGGGAGAGAGGCGAUCGACGCAGGAACGCGAGGAACAGCGACUGAAGAAAGGGCAGCACCAGAAAAUGAAGCGCAGACCCGCGACCCAGACAUAUCCAUCCGUCCGCGCGAACAGCCGGGAGCCGUGUCGGAGGCACACGAGUUCUUUGGUACGCGCGGAGACGAAGAAGAGGCUCGUUGCCACUACGGCCAAAAAGAGCAGAGGAGACAAGACGAAGAAGACAUGGCGGGUGAGGAGAGCGAAGGAGACGCGUGCGCCUGCAGCCAGAGUGAAGAGGCGGCAAGCGCCGAAAAACACAGGGGGGAAAACUCGGCCGCCGUGGACGCUCCCCUGACUAGGGAAGGCUCCGGCUCCGCUGCACCGGCGGACGCUACAUCUAUCGCUGUCUCUUCGUUGAGCGCGGGAUUCCUUCCCUCCGUAUACUCCUUGCCCGCAAUGCUCCAGUCGGAGAUUGAGCGCUUGGCCCUGUCUUCGCUUCUGUCUCGUUCGUCUUGCAUGCAUCUGUCACCGGGGCGAGGAGCCUGCGCAGACGACGAGCAGGCACGGCCUACGCAAGACGCGAUCGCAGCUCUUUCGCGGUCGCUGUCUUCACCCUCCUCGUUGGAGAGCCCGGUCGCCGGCCUGUGUUCUUCGUAUUUUCUCUGUAGAGCGAGAGAGGCAUGCAGCGAAGAGGAGGCCUCUGCGUUUCGGCGGUGCCUCUCGUCGCCUCCUCCCGCGUCACACGCUUCCUUUGCUGUCUCUCCUCGGCGUUGCUCUCCUCCGCACGGACUGUCACUUGCGUCUCUGGCGUCGCCCAAAUUGCCGCCCGGCGCGGUUUCAGAGCCUUCGCGAGGCCGCGGCGGUCUCCCGCGCGGCACGGAUGCGUCGCUCACCUCGCUGCCGCGGACGCCUGGUUCCGCCAGGCUCGGCGCUUCCUCUGCCUCGCGACUUGCCCAGUCCCUUUUACCUGCAGCUCGCGCCUCCUCUCGCCUCGCGGGUUGUCGCUCGCAUGAUUCCUCACGGCCCCGGUAUUUCUCUGCACGACGCGCGCCGCUUUCGCGGUCUCCGCGGCGGCACCCGUCGCCAGGGUCUUCUUCGCGGACUGUCGCCGCGGCCGCUCGCGCCUCCUCGCUCUCGGUUCGUCCUCACUCGGCGCGGCCUCGCGGGCCUCUGCCCGCUGCGUCGCGCUCAGUUUCCGCCUCCGCCUCCGCGGCGGAGUCUUCACGCACUCGCCCGCCGCACUCUGCGCGGUCGGUCUCGUCGGCGAACUCGGUCUGCGAGUCGCCAUGGCCGCCGUGGAACUCCAACCUGGGGCGCGUGAGGCGAGCUCCGACUUUCGCGGAGAAAGCGCCGAUCUACGCGGUCCUGGCGAGCGGCGGCGAGGCCCUCGGGAAGGUCUGCCGCAGAUGCGACGCGUGCCCCUUCGUCUUUCUUGAGCGCGAGGCAGAGCGCGUGCGGAAACUCGAGUCGCUGUUCAUCGAGCGCGGCAGCCGAGCCGGCAGCGCGCGAGGCGUGCGCAGAGACGACACUGCUUUAGCGUGGGUGGGAGUGAACGCACGAGGAACAAAGGGUCGGGGUCGCGGAGAAGGGGUCGGCGGCGCCGAGACACUCCGUUCCCUGUCUGACUCGGCUUCUUCGGGGGCGAGCAGCGAACUGGAUCUUGAGCUAAGCGAGCGCGUUCAGUUGAGUCUCACGUUUAAGCCCAUGUCGGACGCGCUUGACACGGAGAAGACAAAGCCGAAGCGAGGAGAGGCCGAGUCGCGUGCGAGACUGCACACCACGCGCAACAGUUCUCCAUCGCGUUGCCUGUCGUCUCGCUUCUCCUGCUCAUCAUCGUGCCUGUCUUCGGCCUCCGUGUGCUUUGUGCCUGUUUCUGCGCGCGCGGUUUCGAGGCGGGGCGGGGAGAAGGCAUCCUCCUCGAGCCCUAGAAGGCGCAGCGACUUCGGCGGAGGACAGCGAGACGCAGCGGGCGAAGUGAAUCCGCGGUACCCGCUGGGGCGCUGGUCUUCUGCAUUCUCUUCGAGCUCCAUCCAGUCGCGCCCUUCCUCGUCGCCGUCCUCCCUCUUGGCUUCUACUGCUUCUGCGGCGUCCUACUCCCCCCCACGCAACAGUCUGACGGCGCGCGCCUGGAGUUCGCGCGCGCCGACCGCCUCGCCGCUCGCGCGCGGCUUCUCUUCGCGGUCGCCUAGAGAAGACACCCUCGGCGGGCUGUCCCGGUCGGCCUCGACAGCCAGAGGCAGCGAGGGCAGGAGUCUCGCGACCUCCGCGGAGCACGCGCGCUUCCUCACCUUCCUCCUGCAGCAGCGCCAGCGCGAGCUGUGGAGGGAGAUCGAACGCAUUUCCAGCGCUCGGGCCAACGCCGGCGCAGAGGGAGCCUCCGGGGCGGCGCCGGAGGAGGUGGCGCUUGACGACAGCGCCCGCGAAGAAGCGAGGGCGCGGAGGGAAGAUCCAGGUAGCCGCGAGGCGGCAGGCCGAGGGGCUGAAGAGCCAGUCCCGUGGGCAGAGGAAAACUCGGGGCGAGGGGAUGACGCGCGAAACCGCGGAGAGACGGGAUCGACGAGACUCGCAGGCAAGGCGCCGCCCGCGGCGGAGGAGGUACCCAGCGCGCGAGGGCGGCGUGCGCAGGGAGAGAAGGAAGCAAACGGUCCAGCGGCGGAAGACGGCGAGGCAGCUGUAGACCCCGCCGUGGAGGCCGAGGAGACAGGGACGCAUGUGACGCCAGAGAGACAGGCAAUGGGCGACCCUGAGGAAGAAGGAGAGGGAAGACAGAGGGGUUUAGAUGGCAUGGAUGGCGAUGGCGGGGGAGAAGCAGGAAUUGCCUCGAAGGCAGAGGCGACGACGGAGAUUCUUGCCGGAAAUCUGCAUACAGAGUACGACCUGACGAUGUCGCCCGCAGACGACCGAGAGACUGUGAAGUCAGAUCGAGGCGGAGAAACAGAGAGAAAGGCAAGCGACGCACAGUCUGCCGCUUCUUUUCGGGAGACAGGCCCGACACGUGACGCGAGGCCAGAUGUCGAGAGCGGAAGUGAAAGAGUCUGUUCGCUGCUUUCCGCCUCUCUUUCUCUCGAGUCAGGCGCCUCCGUCGCCCCUUCUCACGCGCCGUCGACGCGUUUCGCCUCCUUUUCGUGUUCGGCAAACACGCGGAGAGUGAGGGGCUCCACGCCGGGAGAACGCAGCGCUGUCUCUCUUUGGAGGCGCCCGCCAUCGCCGACACCGCCUCGCCUCAGCAAGGGCGCCUGGUAUUCUGCGGCUGUCCCGCGUCGGGCCUUUUCGCUCCUCGCAGCGGCGCCGGAGGAGGAGGCCGCGAAGCCGGGACCCAAGUUGAAGAAGGGUAAUCCAUACGGGCGCGUCAAAUCGGCGGGAAAGUGA